CGGCAUUCUUUGGGCGUGAGUCACGCAGGUUUGCAGCCAGCCCCAAAGUGGGUGUGCGCGAGCCCAGCGCUAUAAAUACGGCGCCUCGCCGUGUCUCCACGCGGCGUCGCCAGGAGCAGCGCGGGCGCCGGGUGCUGCAAGCGAGGCGAGCUGGGCUUCCAGAAUUGCAGAGGGAGGCGCGAUGAAGACUCUGCUGCUGUUUGUGGGGCUGCUGAUGGCCUGGGAGAGGGGGCAGGUCCUGGGAGACCAGGGAGACCAGGUGGUGUCCAGCAAGGAGCUCCAGGAAAUGUCCAACCAGGGGAGUAAGUACAUUAAUAAGGAAAUUCAAAAUGCUGUCAACGGGGUGAAAGAGAUAAAGUCCCUAAUAGUAAAAACCAACGAAGAGCGCAAGUCACUGCUGCACGUCCUAGAGCAGGCCAAGAAGCAGAAAGAGGAUGCCCUAAAUGAGACCAGGGACUCGGAAACGAGGCUGAAGGCGUUAUCGGGAGUGUGCAACGAGACCAUGAUGGCCCUCUGGGAAGAGUGCAAGCCCUGCCUGAAGCAGACCUGCAUGAAGUUCUACGCGCGCGUCUGCAGAAGCGGCUCGGGCGUGGUUGGCCACCAGCUCGAGGAGUUCCUGAACCAGAGCUCGCCCUUCUACUUCUGGAUGAACGGCGACCGCGUGGACUCGCUGCUGGAGAGCGACCGGCAGCAGAGCCACAUGCUGGACAUCAUGCAGGACCACUUCGGCCAGGCGUCCAGCAUCAUAGACGAGCUCUUCCGGGACAAGUUCUUCACGCGCGAGUACCCGGGCAUCUCCCACUACCAGCCCUUUGACCUGCUGCACCGGAGGCCGCACAUCUUGUUCCCCAAGUCCCGCUUCGCCCGCAGCCUCCUGCCGUACGCCCCGUUCGAGCCCCUCAACUUCCAGGACAUGUUCCAGCCCUUCUUUGACAUGAUCCGCCAGGCCCAGCAGGCCAUGGAAAUCGACCUCCACAGCCCCGCCUUCCGGCCCCCGCAGAUGGACUUCAUAGCAGAAGGCGACGAGGACAACCGUGCCGUGUGCCGAGAAAUCCGCCACAACUCCACGGGCUGCCUGAAGAUGAAGGACCAGUGUGAGAAGUGCCAGGAGAUCUUGUCCGUGGACUGUUCGGCCAACAGCCCCUCUCAGGAGCAGCUGCGGCAGGAGCUCAACGACUCCCUGCGGAUCGCCGAGCAGUUGACCAAGAAGUACAACGACCUGCUUCAGUCCUACCAGUGGAAGAUGCUGAACACCUCCUCCCUGCUGGACCGGCUGAACGAGCAGUUCAACUGGGUGUCCCGCCUGGCUAACCUCACCCAGGGCGAGGACCAGUACUACCUGCAGGUCAUGACGGUGACGUCCCGAGCUCCUGACUCGGAGGCUCCCUCUGGUGCCACUGGGGUGUCUGUGAGGCUCUUUGGCUCGGACCCCAUGACUGUGUGGGUCUCAGAAGAAGUCUCUAGGAACAACCCUAAAUUUAUAGAGACGGUGGCAGAGAAGGCGCUGCAGGAAUACCGCAGAAAGUACCGAGAGGAGUGAGAUGCGGGCGAUGCUCUUCCACGCACGGGGCGCCUGAGGCCAGCUCCCCCAGAUGAGCCAGCGCCCCCGCCCAGAGAGAGCGCCGCGUGCCAAGUGACCAGGCCCACCCAGCCCCGUCCCCUCUGGAUCCCGCAUCUAACACCUGCCUCUGCCGCGGGGGGGAGAGCUGCCCCACAUGCGACUAAUUCAAUAAAUCUGCUUUGUGAUCCGA